AUGGAUAAUCACGAUUCCAAGAUUAACGUGCUAAAAUUGGCGAAGUUAGCUAAGAGAAUAGAUAAAGACCAGAAACGAAAACGUGAAGUUUUCCUCACGAAAAGGGAGGAGAAGAGUUGCCAGAUUAGGAGAAUUCUCAAGAGUGGAUUCGAGGACGGGGAGCCUUUCCCAGUGGAGUCCGCAGAGGAUAUGCAGGUAGCGAUCCACUUGCACAAGGAAAAUAUUUCACGAAGGAUCGUUCUUUACCGGGAAGGUCUCGAUCUUGAGUUUGCUUGGGCAGUUAAGAAAGCCGAGGAAAUUGGACUGGAAUUUGAAAAGCGAGAUUAUUACGGGGAACCUUCUCCCCCGAGGGUCAAUAUGCUUGACCACUGGUUGAGCCGGAAGGAUUAA